AUGGAGAGCAAAAGUGGGCGGCCUGAGGGGUCCGUCAACUGUUCCAGGCGGUGGAAAACGGGGGUUAAACGAGAAGUGGGUCAAGCUGCCAAAGGCUGGGGUAAUAUUAGCGGGCCAUUUGUGGAAAUAGUCCAUGGAGCCGACGGAGGAUGUUUUCCAGCAGUGAAGGACGGAUGGGAACAUCCGCUUGGGGGCAUACAUCAAGAGGAGGAGAAAAAGCAAAAGUAA